AUGCCGCCAGUUCCCGGUCAAUGGCCGAUGGCGGCGGAGAUCAAUUACGCCCUCACGAUGCUUCCGACCGCGAAACGAGUGCUGGCAAAGCAGGCCACUGGCCUCAUGGCGCGCGCGCACGCCUACAGUCUAAGCGCACAACGGCAACGCCUACUGUCUACCUUGGCAGUUCUUGAGCAGAAGGAUGGACAACUAAACCACAGCUCACUGAGUGCCUUCACAGCUGCUAAGAAGCUGGGUGGAACAGUGCACGGCUUUAUUGCCGGCAGCAAUAUCAAGCCCGUGGCGGAAGAAAUUGCAAAGGCCGAGGGUGUUGAAAAGAUCAUUGCGGUGGAUAACGCUGCAUAUGAAAAGGGUCUUCCCGAGACUUUCGCCCCUCUCUUGGUUGAAAACAUCAAGAAGGGCGGAUAUACACACGUCAUUGCAGGCCAUACCGCGUUUGGCAAGAGUGUCAUGCCUCGAGUCGCUGCUCUCCUCGAUUCGCAGCAAAUCUCCGACAUCACGGCUAUUGAGGGAGAGAACGUCUUCGUCCGACCUAUCUACGCCGGUAACGCGAUCGCCACGGUUGAGUCAUCUGACUCUGUCAAAGUCAUCACUAUUCGGGGAACUGCUUUCGCCGCUGGCUCGCUUGAGGGAGGCUCCGCCACUGUUGAGGAUGGAGUUGACUCCAAGCCCGAGUCGCCCACUGAGUGGGUGUCUGAAGACUUGGCCAAGUCAGACCGUCCCGAUCUCUCUACUGCCAGCCGUGUUGUCUCUGGAGGCCGUGGUCUCAAGUCCAAGGAGGAGUUUGACAAUAUCAUGCUGCCUCUUGCUGACGCUCUUGGUGCGGCCGUUGGUGCCUCGCGUGCUGCUGUUGACAGUGGUUACGCCGACAACAGUCUUCAAGUAGGCCAAACUGGCAAGGUCGUUGCUCCUCAGCUGUAUAUGGCCGUGGGCAUCUCGGGUGCUAUCCAGCAUCUUGCUGGUAUGAAGGACAGCAAGGUCAUCGCUGCAAUCAACAAGGAUGCCGAUGCUCCUAUCUUCCAGAUUGCCGAUGUCGGGCUGGUGGGCGACUUGUUUGAGAAGGUGCCCGAGCUUACCGAGAAGGUAAAGAGCUCAUGA